AUAUAUUUGCAUAAAAAGUGUACAACCAGCGGAAUGGUCCAUAAAUUCAACUGGAAAGUAGUCAGCGUAAAAAGCGCAACCAAGUACGAUGGGCUAAGGAAGAUACACUAGUGAAAAUGCUGAAUUAACACAGGAUUUAUUGAUUGACUGUCGGUGGGGUCAAAAGCCAGAUCGACGCGAGGCUAUCGUAGACCCAUGUUCUUUCUCUCGCCCACACUGCGCCUGGAGAAUCUUUCCACGCAGCCCACGAUGACGCAGGAUCAUGUGCCCGAGGACCAGCGCUAUAACAAACAGAAUAUCGUGGCUCAAUGGUGUGUGCCCAUCAAUGGCAAGAUGUACCGCAUCGAGCUGGAACAUGGCACAACCAGUGGGCGGCGCAUGAUUUGGGUCAAUGGACGGGAGGUCCUGCGACGCGACUGGAUGUUCAAGCUGGUGGGCGAGGACACCUUUUACAUCGAUCAGACGCGCUGCAUCAUACGAGUGGAUCCUGCGCCGGGUUUUAAGUAUGAGUACUCCCUCUACAUCGAUGGCAAGUCCCACGAACAGUACACCGAGGACAUGACGCGGCAGUAUCGCCUGUGGCUAUACACAUGCGAUUCGGCUGCGGAGCCGCCUUCGCAGGAGUACAGGAUAAUGCUCAAGCUGGACACGCUGAGUCUGUACGUAAACGAUGAGCUGCGCACCGAGGAGUCGGUUUUCGUCCACGGCGGCACAGACACCAAGUUCCUGCUGCAGGACACGGAAUUCGUGCUUCAGGCACGCUCAAGUGGCAAUAAACAUGAUGGCAUCGUUCACACUCUGCUGGCGAAUGGGGUGCCAGUUCCGGAGGCGAAGAUUCAGGAGAUUAUGCAAGAGCCGGUCUCCAUUUUGCAGAGCAACUAAGGACUACCACCACCACCCACACACGAUAGGAUAACGUUUUACAUUUGUUGUUGAAUUUUUGCCCAGUUGUUAAUAAAAGCUUUGCGGAAAUUGUUUUCAAAGUGUAAUUAAAA